GGUUUGGGGCGGCUGGUUUGAAAAUUCUCUGUGUUCACUCAACUAUUGAAAAGUGGAGAUCGAUUCCAGGAGAAGCAGAGAGUUUCUUUUCCCUUUGGAUGAGGUGGCUGGCUGCAGCCUAGGGUUUUUAUUCAGGUCAUCUAGUACAAGGAGAUGAUACGCAACUUCCAGAGGUAACUGACUCACAAUGGACAGAACAGGAGCCAAGAUAAAGAGGCCCUUUCAAGGAAGAGUUCUCCUUCAGCACCAGGAAGCCCAUCUUCACCCACCAACCUGCAAGAGGAGGAGCACAGAGGACCAGAGGAGCAUGGGGGAGGAGAGGAAGGGGAGAGUUGGAAGCUGGAAGGAGAACCAGAACCCAGUCCAGAGAAACAGAGGAACCACGAACCUGCGGAAACCUUACACACAGCCCUCAGAGUUAGGAGCUGGGAUCCUGAAGGAGACAAACUACUCUGAGAACGACUCGUGGAAAACAUGGACCCUUGACCAGAACCGGCCCCAAUAUGCAACAGGUUCCAUGAUGAGAAUAACCAGAGUUGGAGCCAAGGCUCGGGCUGCAGUAGACUGUGGACCGGGGGGCAUGAGCAGUAGACAUGGGAGUGGAGUGCAGGUUCAGUCUGGUAGAGAGCUGAUCCAGUCCAGUAGAGCGCUGCUCCAACCCAAUGGACAGGAUAUCCAGUCCAUUCAGGCUCUGGCCCUGUCCAGCCAGGCUCAGGUCCAGUCCAGCCAGGCUCUGGUCCAGUCCAGCCAGGCUCUGGUCCAGUCCAGGGGGCUGCUGGUGAAGGGCAGUGCGGGCCUGCAGGUCAGGGUGGCUGUGAUCAAGAGGACCCGUCUGGACCCUCUACCCUCUGUCGGGCCACUUGCUGCCCCCACGAUUAACUCCAGAGCACCAGCAGUGAUCUCCGGCCAGGGGGAGAACCCCCGGAGCCACCCCAGUCCGAGGAGGCCUUCCCUGGCCAGAGCUGGUGCCAGCGGUGGGCCUGGCAGCGCCGGGGGGACCCAAGAGCCCGCUCAGGAGAAGGGGGGCCCUGGUGCGACACGUGGCGCGCAGACCGGACCGGAGACCGCAGCGGGCGCCAGAGGCUGUUUCCUGGAGAGCACGGCGGAGCCAACACCGAGAAAGACGAGGAGGAAGAUCAGACUGUCUGGUGUGAGAGGACGAGGUCAACUUCAGCUGUCAAUUCAACUAGAGGGCGAUGGACUUGACAUCCACAUCUACCAGGCCCGAGGGUUGCUGGGAAGAAACUGUGGCUCAUGUGACACAUAUGUCAAGUUGUCUUUGAUACCAGAUGUGGACCACAGUACCAGGAGAAAGACGCCAACAGUUGUCAACUCCAAGUACCCAGAAUACAAUCAGCACUUUGCACUGAACGUGGACACUGAGAACCUCCUGAAGAGGCUGCAGGUCACCGUUUGGAGGCGUCGACUGUCGACUUCAAGGCGCAGUGAGUUCCUUGGAUGUAUGAGUUUUGGGAUUCGAUCUCUGCUGCGCUCCUCCAAGUCCAUCAGUGGCUGGUACUACCUGCUGGGGGCGGAGCUUGGGCGCACCAAACACCUGAAGGUCGCCGCGACAGAGACCAAAGCCAUCACCCCGGCCAAACGAGCUAAAGGUCGGCAUGGCGAGAAGACGCCUGACGCCACGCCGGAUAAACCACCGUCCCUCGGCCUCAGCAGCAGAGCCAGGACGGAGCGGAACAAGCCCCAGCUGGGGCCGCUUCCUGGGUCAGGCCACCCCACUCUGAGACCUGUUCCUGGAUCAGACCAAUACACUCUGGGACCUGUUCCUGGGUCCGGCCACCCCACUCUGAGACCUGUUCCUGGAUCAGACCAAUACACUCUGGGACCUGUUCCUGGGUCCGGCCACCCCACUCUGGGACCUGUUCCUGGGUCCGGCCACCCCACUCUGGGACCUGUUCCUGGGUCCGGCCACCCUACUCUGAGACCUGUUCCUGGAUCAGACCAAUACACUCUGGGACCUGUGCCUGGGUCCAGCCAACACUCUGUAGGACCUGUGCCUGGGUCCAGCCAACACUCUGUAGGACCUGUGCCUGGGUCCAGCAGGUCCUCUCUGGGUCCUUGCUCUGACCUGACCCAGCCCAUCCGGGGUUCUGGCUCUGAACUCAACCAGCUGCUGUUGGGAGCAGCGGGGUCGGACCGGAACAGGAGGUCGGACCCCGGUUCUGGCCCGAUGCACCUCCCCAUGGAUACUAGUUGUGACAAGCUAUCCGUGGUUCACGGUUUGGGAUCAAACAAACAAAGACCGGCUGCCGAUUCUUCGGACCCGAGCAAGGCUUCCCUCGGUCGGGCUUCUGGAUCCAGCGAGCAGGGCCCGAAGGACCGCCUCAGGUCGAUGUUCACGUUGGAGUCAAAGGCCAGCCUCUGCAGGCCUGGAGUCAGUGUGCAGAACGGCAAACCAACCCUGAUGGUGAGCAUCAUGCGAGGGAACGAUGGCUUUGGGUUCACCAUCUGCUCCGACAGUCCCGUACGAGUUCAGUCUGUGGAGCCAGGUGGCCCGGGUAACCAGGCAGGCCUCCAGCAGGGUGAUUGUGUUCUGCAGAUGAACGGUGUUCCCGUGGAGAGCUGGCAGUGUGUGGACCUGGCCCACGCCAUCAGGAGCUCUACUCAGAUAGUCCUGGUGGUCUGGAGGGGUCAACCCGACCUGAAGCCUCCCUGUGCAGUCUCACCUGCCUCUACGACAGUGAAGAAGCUCCUUCCUCAUCCUCCUAAUAGCAAACAUGGCCGCCGCAGAGGUCAAGGGUCAGGCGUGAAGUCCCGUCUGGGGUCGCUGUGGCGAGAAGAGGAACCAAGUUACCCCCCCGCCACCACAACCACCACACUCAAGGGCACACGGGUCACGUCAUCAAACGGAGACAACUAUAUUAUCCUCUCGCCCGUCAAUCCAGGAAGCCAGAUGCUUCAGACUGUAUACCAGGAUGAAAAUGGCACCAUCGGACGGCUGUACCAGACCCACCCAAGUAGGGGGCUCCACCAGCAGGAGCCUCACUUCCUCCAGCAGCCCCCCGUGGAGUGGAGCACAGGAGGAGGAGGAGGACACUCCUUCCAAACCACCACCUUGCCCCCUCCGUCCUCCUCCACAUCCCUCGUCCUCUCCACGACACCCGUCCUGUCCGGUUGCUACAACAACUACCAGAACUGCACCAUGGUCCAGUCCCACGCGCCGUGCUCCGGCUACGGAGCCUAUGGCACGCUGGCGCCCAAAACCCUCAUCUUCCCCGUCUUCGUCCAGCCUCUGGACCUGUGCGGUGCGGACAGAACGCUGCUGAUGGCGGAGGAGAUGGUUCUGCACCAAGGGCCGCUGCAGCCCACCAAGGUGACUGUGCUGAUCUAUACAGACCUGAUCUUACUGACCAGAGAGGAUGAGGCCGGACGCUGUAACGUCCUCCAGAGUCCUCUGUAUCUCCAUAACACCCGCCUGCACUAUGUGAACUCUGAGCCCCUGCGUCUCUAUCUGGCUCAGUGUGUGUGUGAGCACUGGGAGUGUGAUAUCAGCCUGGAGGCUUUCAGCCACGACCAGAAGACCAGAGUCAGCCUCUGUCUCCAUGACAACAUCACCCAACAGCUGGCUGUCCCCGUGGAGACCCCACACAGCAACCAGAGGGACGUGAGCCUCCUGUCCCUGGGACAGCUCGACCUCACCUCCAGACCCUCCUCCCCUUACGCCACCUUUUCGGACCUCCCUCUGCGCACCUCCUCCCCUCCUCCCCACCCUCCUCAUCCUCACCCUCCUCCUCCCCACUUCCUCCCCUUCUCCCCAGAGCGGUGCGGCCCCUCCCCCUGGAUCCUGGCCUCCCCCAUGGAGUCCCCCUCCAAGCGGAGCAGCUACCCCCCGCUGUGGAGGGAGCGGGAGGGGAGGGGGGGCGGCGGAGGGGAGGCGGAGGGAGACAGGGUGACGGAGCGGCUCUGCGGGAGGACCUGCAAGGGGAGGGAGACGAGGAGGGAGAGGGAGCAGGAGAGGGAGGAGCGGCAGGCCGCGGAGGGCCAGAGCGUGUCGGAGGCCUCCGAGAGCAUCUGGGGGGGCGACUCUGCGCCUCUCUCGUGCUGCUCCUCGCCUCUCCCCCCCAUCUCUCCCCCGCCCCCCUACGACAUGGUACGCUCCGCGAGAAAGACCCAGCGGGCGGGCCACAGUACUGAGGACGAAGAGGAGGAGGAGGAGGAGGAAGAGGAGGACCUGGUUCAGGAGUGUACUUCCCCAUUUAGGCUAGGAGCCCCACGUUCCCUACAACGCUCUCUGUCUGAAGGAUCCCUUCUCCAGGAACCUCGAUCCCCCUACUUCCUGUCUGACAGCACCAUCCACAGGCUCACACGACCUUCGACCUCUGAACCCGACCGGGGCCGCCCUCCCUCCCCGCACACCCUCAGGAGAGAGCUGACCCGAGAGGGGGGGUCCCUCCAACAGAUGUUCCACUUCCUCAACGGGGUGAAGGACAGAGAGUCUAAAUACGGCCACCAAAAGAGGAAGAAGAGCUUAGCUGAAGACAUCAGAAGCCGCAUGGCGUUUCUACGACGACAAAACAACUUUAAUGCCAACAGUCUGGAGAGAGCAUUCAGAAACGGCCGACCCCCCCUGGAAGAGGUGUGGAGGUGGGCGGACAGCUUUGAGGCUCUGCUGUCCAACAAAUACGGCAUGGCAGUGUUUCGACACUUCCUGAGGUCAGAGUUCAGCGAGGAAAACCUGGACUUCUGGUUGGCUGUGGAUAAAUACAAGAAGACGCGCACGCUGAACAAGAUGGCAACCAGAGCCCACAGCAUCUUCAACGAGUUCAUCUCGACAAGUGCUUCUCGACAGGUCAAUGUGGAUUCAUCUGUCAGGGAGGUGACCAAUCAGAACCUGCGUCAGGCUCCUGGCCCCGCCUCCUUCCAGCUGGCACAGGAACAGAUAUACAGCUUGAUGGAAAGUGACAGUUAUCCACGAUUUCUCAAGUCCCUCCUCUACUCUCAGCUGGCCAACCAGAGGCCAGCACAUGCACAAACGGACUGCCAGAAUGAGAAAGGAUCUACCAAGUCCUUCAACGGGAUAGGUUCCACGUCUCUGGCCAGCCAAUCAGAGCAAAAGACACUGAUAUGAGCACUGUGGUCAUGAACUACUUGCCUAAAACCUAAAACAAGCUUCUGCCCACAUGUGGAUGCUAUGUGCCCACUUGGCUCCUCUACCAGCUGCAGCUACAUUAACAUAUAUCGUCACAGAAGCAUGUUUAGGCCUUUAGAUGUAGACAGACGGACAGAUCUGUUUCUGAUCUAGACGGUUAGCUUGGCUUGAGGAGUCCUGCUAGAGGAGUAAAUCCUGGUUUUAAUACGAUGAAAGGCUUUUUAGCAGGUCUUGGGAUCUGUUUAGCCUAACAGGUAAUCUAUAGGUUGAUUAAUGCUGCUAGCCAGAUGAUUGAUAGUAGCGAAUCGCCAGUGGCCCGCGACAGUUGUUUUACCAAAUCAAUGCCGGAUGUUAUCCAAAAAUCACAGCGUCUUCCACGUUGCCAUGGUUAAAGAACCAUGGCAACAUACAUACUAUUAUUCUUUUUCAUGAAGGACAUUGUAUUUAUUCUAUAAAUAGUAAACUAUAGUAGUGAAUCUAUUAUACAGGUAGUUCUAUAAGGACACAUUUGUAAUACUUUAAUAUCUGAUGAACAUGCAGUCUUGGCGUGCUCGUCGGUUCGUACUGGUGGCUGCAAGCUACAUAUAUAUUAUAACAAUACUACACUGGCUGGAGAACAGCCUUAUAGAUGCUUUAACCCUGACCAGUGUUAAGAGUUCUGAAAGUAUUUUGUACUCCUUGUAGACCGCUUUACAAGUCUAUCUAAAUGUAUCCCAGCAUGCAAUGUGUUGUAGCGAUGGCCCUGCAAAGCUAUUGUUUCUGAUUGUAGUUCAUUGGUGUCAGACUUCAGUACGGCUGUUCCAGAGUGGAAAUAAAAUGUCCCAUUAACACCUCA